CAGAAGUCCCAAGUCCAGUUACUGCUGCAGUUACACAGCACUGGUUGGAAUGUUUGCAGCAACAUAAACAAGUUUCUUGGUGUGUGAUUUCAGCACAGCAUGGCUGUGGUCAUCCACUUGCAAGUUGUUCCGAUUGCGGUGGGGACCAUGGACUUCUCUGGACUGACCAUUCCCGAUGGGGGUGUGCAUAUUGUAGGGGAUGAACUGGGGGAAUAAAAUCAGCAGUGUUGAUAUUACAAAAUGACAAAACAUCCUCCGAAUAGAAGAGGGAUCAACUUUGAGGUGGGAGCCCAGUUGGAAGCCCGUGACAGAUUAAAAAACUGGUAUCCAGCGCACAUUGAAGAAAUUGAUUAUGAAGAGGGGAAAGUACUUAUCCAUUUCAAGCGCUGGAACCAUAGAUAUGAUGAAUGGUUUUGUUGGGACAGUCCUUAUUUGCGUCCCCUAGAGAAAAUACAGUUAAGAAAGGAAGGAUUGCAUGAGGAAGAAGGUUGUGCAGGAUUUCGUAUCAACGAUCGGGUAUUGGCGUGCUGGUCUGACUGUCGCUUCUAUCCAGCCAAAGUUACUUCUGUUAACAAAGAUGGUACAUACACUGUGAAAUUUUAUGAUGGUGUAGUUCAGACAGUCAAAAACAUUCAUGUCAAAGCUUUUUCCAAAGAUCAGAAUAUUGUGGGUGAUGCUAAGCCUAAGGAAAGAGGUAAUGAAAUUCCAUCAUCUCCUGAAAACCAGGAGAAAUUUAAAGAGCAAAGGAAAGCAACAGGUAAUGCAAAGAAAGACGAAGAUGAAAAGACAUUAAAGACUGAGAAACGAGUUAAACAACCCGAUAAAGAGGGAAAAUUUAUAGUCAUCUCGGAAAAAGGCAAGAUCUCAGAAAAGAAUAUACCUAAGAAUGGAAAAGAAGAUAAAGAGAAUAUAUCAGAGAAUGAUAUGGAAUAUUCAGUAGAUACACAAGUUGAGAAGAAGCCUGAGAAUGACAAGGUAAAGAGUCCACAGGAAAAUGCGAAAGAAACUAAGCGAAAGCGUGGCAGACCACCAAUAACACCUCCCACGGAGCCAAGUUCUCAGACACUGCAGCCCAUAACUUUGGAGUUAAGACGUCGGAAAAUACCUAAAGGAGGUGAUGUUCCAUUGAAGCGUCCCAGGAUUGAAAAAACGUUGUCUCAGGAAAAAUUUAAGAACUCUUCAGAUAAUGCUGAGAGAGACCAGAUCAGGAGGCGAUCUUCAAGACUCUCAUCCAGUAUUAGCCAUGAGAUUUUAAAUACAGAUCUUGUCACAACUUCCACGGAAAUUCAGACUUGGAAAGAUGCAGUACCUAACCAAAAUGAAUCUGAGAAGGUCCAGUUAGAAAUUCCUGUUGAAUCUGACCAAAGUUGUGGUGAACAAGGAGCACCUGGAAACGCAUUGCAUAGCACAGCACUCAGUGCAGAUGCCAGUUUGCAGGAAGAAAAAGCUGAAGACACUGAGUCUUCCUCUGUUCCUGUCAGAACUCAAGAACCUUCUGCUGCUACAGGUUCAGUAACAAAACCUUGUAGGAGAACAGAUUUUCUUGCAUCAAAAAAAGCUGCAACUGUUGACCAAGAUCACAAGUUUAGAUGCAAGUUCUUGGACUGUUCAAAAUCCUUCCGCAAAGCCAAGUUAUUGCAUUAUCACAUGAAAUACUUUCAUGGAGUGGAGAAGGCUGCAGAAUCACAGCAGAACCCUGUAAAAAGAAAUAUUCAAACCAGAGCUUCUUUGGCUUCUGAAAAAGCUAAUCAAGAAAGGUCAAAAAGAGGACGGACCACAGCUGGUUCACUGUAUGCUCCUCUACACAUAACCCUCAGGAGUACCCCAUAUAGAGAUGAAAAAGUAGAAAAGAGAAGAACUUCAACUCCUGUAAGUGCACUAAAUAGUCACCGACAUUCUAUUAAAGACCAAACCAGGAGCCGCAUAGCAAGAGCACUGCGGAGGCCUCGGGAAAGAGUUCAACAUGCUGUUAAAGGACAUGAGAAGAGCAAAGAAAAAAAAUCCAAAGACUUCGAAAGAUCCAAGUCAAAGAAAAAGAAAAAAAAGAAAAAGAGAUCUAAGCCUGGGUAUUCGGGCACGGGGGAGAACACAGAUAUCUCACAAGAGCUUUCACCUGAAAAAUCAGUUGUCACAAAAUCUAAUUCUUCUAAUAAAUCAUUGGCUCACCCAAGUACCCUGCUUCACUGCACUGAUUCUGGACAGCACAAGGGAAAAUCAAAAGCAAAUGGGUUUUAUGUAAAUACUUCUUGUACAGAGGAUGACACCCUGAGUGAGUCAUCUAUGGAUAGCUUGCCUUGGAGUGACGAUGACUGCAGUCAGGAUGUUGAUGUAACCACCAACCCUGAUGAAGAAGUUGAAGAAAGUGAUUUUGAGAUUGUUCGGUGUGUUUGUGAAGUAAAAGAAGAAAAUGACUUCAUGAUUCAGUGUGAAGAGUGUCUGUGCUGGCAGCAUGGAGUCUGUAUGGGCUUGCUGGAAGAUAAUAUACCUGAGAAAUACACCUGCUAUAUUUGCCAAGAUCCUCCAGGUCAGAGGUCCAGCUUAAAGUACUGGUAUGAAAAGGAGUGGUUAAGUAAUGGUCACAUGCAUGGCUUAGCAUUUUUGGAAGAAAAUUACUCCCACCAGAAUGCCAAGAAGAUAGUGGCCACUCACCAGCUGCUUGGUGAUGUACAGCGAGUGAUCGAAGUCCUGCAUGGGCUGCAGCUGAAGAUGAGCAUAUUACAAAAUAAAGAACACCCUGACUUAAAGCUUUGGUGUCAUCCAUGGAAGCACAUCACGAUGGAUGAAAAAAUCCAUACAAAACACAUCAUCCACUUCGAGGAAAACUGUUGCAAAGAGGAGACAGCAAGUUAUAGAACUUGGAAUGGGACAGUUGAGAAACCCUCAACAAUUCCUUCUGUGGAGGAAUCUUACAUUACGAGUGAACACUGUUACCAGAAGCCUCGGGCCUACUACCCUGCCAUAGAGCAGAGGCUGGUUGUGGAAACAAGAGGAUCAGCAAUGGAUGAUGGAGUAAACAGAAUAAGAGAAAAUGGGGAUGAUGCCUUCUCAGAGAGGUUUGGCUGGAAUCUGGACCAAGAAAUAUGCAAGAUGGAAAAUGAAUCUAAACACAAUUACUCUAAGGUGAGAGAGUCUGUCUCUAAGAAGGUCUCUCCAGAGGAAGCUAUUGAAAUGAAAUUGCUGGAAAAAGACAAAGAAGGAGUAGUGAACUCACAGCUGCAGUGGCAGCUCAAUCUUUUAGCUCACGUGGAGUCUCUGCAAGAUGAAGUCAUACACAGAAUGGAUUUCAUUGAGAAGGAGCUAGAUGUUCUGGAGAGUUGGCUGGAUUACACAGGAGAGCUGCAACCCCCAGAACCACUGGCUCGACUCCCCCAGCUCAAGCAUUGCAUAAAGCAGCUGAUAACAGACUUGGGCAAAGUGCAGCAGAUCGCGCUGUGCUGCUCCACGUGAGGCUGGAGGGCUCUGGGCUGUGGCUGCCUGCAGAGCUGCAGUGGGAUGGGAGCACCUCUGAAGCUGUAAAUUAAACUGGCAUGCUGGUUGCAUGGGAUGCAGAUGGACUUCAGGGACUUGUGCAGAAGCGUUGUUCAAAGAAGAGCAAAGAGGUUAUUUCAGGUCUAUUAGACAAUUCUAAUACUGUGGAAAAGGUCAUACUCUUGUCUCCAGAGGUUGCCUGUUGCUUGUUAAGUUACACUAAAAUUUUCACUCCCUACAAGUUGCUCAUCAAAACGGUAUACUUUUUCAUCAUUAAAUUGACUAAAAAUUGUGCCACUGAAGAACAGAGUUCUAAGAGCCAAAAAAUUUUGGUUGACAGGGGUUGUAAAUAACUUUGUGUAGUUUAAGUGACUCACGUCAUGUUUUAUUUCUUCUGGUUUAUGCAUACUAGCACUCAGUAUUUAAUCAUUAGGAGAUGUUAUAACAGUUUCAGACUUAGUAAGUAUGAAUGUCCAGCUCUUGACUAUAAGUGUUAUGUGGAGGUUUUCAAGUAACAGUGGCCUGACCCACAGUUCUGUUACAGUAAAUAAUGUAGCAGGAAGUCACAGGUGGAUUGCACUUACUUUCAGAAUAAAUGAUUGUUUUCCAUAUUUAUCCUCUCACUGUCACAUGACUUGGUACUGGGGAAGCCCAUGAAGGUGGUGUUUGUGUGUGUGUAUUCUUGAGCUCUUGACUCCAGCCAUCCUGUGCCUCCUGCAGCAGUUGCUGGGGGGAUCCCUCGUUGCAGUAGUAUGGAAUUCCUCCAGGAAAGGACUGGAGCCAUGCUCUGAGUUCAGACUGCAACAUGGUCUGUCAUGGAUGUGAUAUAUUUUCUACCCAUUUGUUAAUAAUUGCCAUUCCGGUUAUGUUUGGAAAUCUAGAUUUUUUUCAAUACUCUGGAUGUGUUCAUUGUAAAGACUUGCUAUGAAUGUGUGGUUUUGGGAAUCAGUUUUUGUGUAAAUAAAGCCUCAAGAUCUA